ACCAAAGCAGUCUUUAAAUACUACAUUUAAUUGAAAUAUACUUGAAAACUUUUGAAUAAUUUUUAAAAUGGCUAUUUUGCAUACGAAACAAGUUUUUGCGUUAUGCUUAAUAAUUUGUUUUUUUAAACAAUCAUUUUCUACACCACUCACAGAGGAGCAAAAGAUGGCGUUACACCAGAAUAUAGAACUGAAGAAAGAGGUGUUAACGGAAUUAACCAAGGAAGAGGUCGAUGAUGGUUUGUACACGGAAGCGGUAAAAAAAAAUCGUGCAAGAGUAGAGCGAUUCACCGAUCGCCUGAGUCGUAAAGAACCAAAAAAUAAAGACAAUGUUUCAGCAGAUGAAUUUGAGAAGAUAAUUGCCGAAGAUGAUGCUUACAUGGCUGAGAAUAUGGAAAUUGUCGGUAGGCGGAUGCGAAUCCGUUUACGCCAAUCAGGUUAUCCGAUAUUCGGAGAUAACGAGGAGUUAAUUGCUGAGGAUAUGAAAAACGAGAAUGAGUAUAUUGCCGCAAGGAAUGAAAAACUCCGUGAGUUAAAGAAAAAAUCAAAAAGGAAGUCCUGCCUGUUUUCUUCGCUUUGUCCAAAGAAGAAUGAGUGACCGGACACAAGCAUCUAGAGACUCAUUUUUAUUUAAAUUAAUAUAUAAAUAUAUAGUUACAUAAUUUUUGUAUGUGUUUUAAUACAUCUGAGAUAUGUGAUACUGGUUUAACUGACUGUAUAAGAAACUUCCUAAUUUAAAUUAAAAAUUAUAAAA